GGAAUGACGGAUGCCGUGAUCCGCAGUGGCGGCGAGAUGGAGCCGGAGCAGCAUCAGCGGAUGGAGAAGACCAGCGCGGGCGUCCUCGGAGCGGAGAGUAACAGAGCGGGAGCCGCUGAGGACACCGCACAAAAUGGCGGACGCUCUGAGAGCGGUAGCGCUGGGGAGGCGCUGCUGGUGGCUGCUGUUGCUGCAGAGGACAAGGUCCCCACAAACCCCAGCAUCAAUAGCAGCAGCCAGCGCAGGAGCAGCGUCUCGACGGCAAAUGAACAGCAGCAGCCGCCCAGCGGUGUGCUCGGGGGGCCGCCCCCUCUCCCUAAGCCCUCAGAAGACCAGCAGCCUGUUAGGAAGAACUUUCAGAUCCCCAGGAAGAGCAGAGAAAAGAAAGCACUCUUUCAACCAGUACUUCCAGAGUCUCGAGAAUUUGAGGAGAUUAUAAACAUUCUGCAUUCUUCCUACUUGGAUCCCAGUUCAGUGUCCAAUUUUAAAUACAAGAGAGCCAGCUUAGUUCAAAGUGAGCUGUUGGAAAAGGAAUUCACAGAGAAGCGGCGGGAGCUGAAGCGGGACGGGCGCCCCGAGAAGGAGCUGUCGGACAGCUACGCCUUCCUCAUGGUGGAUCGCUGCCAGAUCCAGAGCAUAUGUGAAAAGGGGCUGCAGGUUGGCCACUCCAAACUCUCAGUUCUCGGCAGCCCUUCCAUGGGUGUCUAUAUCUCCAAGUAUGCUGAUUUAUUGCAGCCUAAUCCUCUAGAAUCUGGAGCAACUGGAGAUGUGAUUGUUUUUAAAAUAAUAAAGGGGAGAAUGAAAAGCAUAUACGACUACACUGGUAUGAAAGCAAUGGAAUCAGCUGCCAAGAGCAUGUUGGAUCCCACCCCAAACCACGAGUGUCACAUUUCAAAGAAUGCAGGCAAAGUCACCUCCCUGCUGGCUUACCGAGCCUACGAGCUCACUCAGUACUACUUUUAUGAAUACGGCUUUGAUGAGAUCAGGCAAAGACCAAGACAUGUUUGUCCUUUUGCUGUUGUUUCAUUUGCUUACAAAGAUGACGUGGUACAAGGACCAAAAUUUGUGCCCCCAUCAAGAGCAAACACCUUCCACGCAGAUAGAAGUACAGAGAAACCCAAUGUUACAUUGUGGAGGGGACAGCUUUGGAAUAAAGGCAAACUUGUGUGCCACGUUUCCCUAAAAUCAGCAGCACGAUCUUUCCUUCCAUGCAAGCUUUCUGAGAAGCUUGAGGUUGAAAAUGUUGUAAGCAUUGAUGAUUUGAAGAAAAAAAUUUCACCAGCAUUGUUCUUGAAAGAAACUUACCAAGAAAGAAAAGAAGUGUGGAAGAAUGGCAUGUACUGUAGCCUGUAUGAAGUUGUGGAGAAGUCCCGUUCUGGGAGUCACUUAGAGGGUUUGCUUCAAAAACUAGAGAAAGAGAAACUUGUCCUUGUGAAACCACUUGUGGACAGAGGAUUUCUUAUUCUUCUUUCUCCUUGGCAGAUGAUGUCCCCUUAUGACCAGCAGACUGGAUGCUCCCGUGUGCUUCAUGCGCUGUUUCUGUUCCCAGAGUCCAGAGGUGUCAUUGGCUCAGCACAAAAAAAUGGUCCAUAUGGAACACAGAAAAAAUCAUCUACCAUGGCUUCACGCAAGAGAAGGGAAAUCGUUCCAGAAUUCACAAAGUUGGUUCAGUCUCUGCAUUUUGCUUUGUACCAGGCCCGUAAGCACAGCGGGGGAGAUUACAAUGCUGUUGUGGAGAAGUACAUCUACGAGUACUUCAGGAAGCUCUACCAUGGCCCUGGGAGAGCCAGAGAGUUUCUGCUUCGUGAGUACGCACCCGUGCUGGAUGACAAAAGAUUUCUGCACCCUGCCCCGAAGUACAAAGGGCACCUCAAGACGUGCUUGCAGAACUAUGUGUUCAGCUGGGAGUCCUAUCAGCUGCCCGUGUGCAGGGCCAGGGAGCUGCUGGACAGGAACCGCAAACCGCAGCGCUUCAGCCCCAGCUCAGAUUAUGAGGCCAAGAAAAGAGUGCCUCGUUCUGGAGAUGAUGAUACUGAGAGACUCAAGGAUCUUAUUAACUUGAUCCAGUGUAGAAAGAAAAAUGUAGGUGGGGAUUCUGAUUUUGAAGACCCCAGAAUUAGGAGUGGUCUGAAAAGAAAGCUGGAAGAACAAUCUGAAAACUUGCAGAAAUACCUAAAAAUGAGUGACUCUUCAGAGAAUAUUUGUCAGUGUGAAGGUGGCAGAAGCUUGGAUUCCCCACACUGCGUGUUGUCAAUGCACGCUGAGCACGGAGGCCACGAGGGUGAGCCCAGGCAGGACGUGCCGGACGCCGCAGCCGACCCCAAGGGGCUGGUGCAGGCGAUGCUGGAGACGCUGGGCCCGCCCAGCCACUGGGACCCGGCGCUGCUGCGGCAGGCUGUCACCAAGGCCUUGGCCGCUGAGGAGCUGGAAGAGGAUGUGAGACAGAAAUAUGAGUAUGAAUCCGUUUCAGCUCAGGACAGAGAUGAUCAUGAGCUUGCUGCCGCUGCUCAGGCUGACAGCGCUCCCUUCAAGGAGCCGCAGAGCCCGGCCCUGCUGGAGCCGGACGCGCCGUGCUUGCCCUACCCCGUGGAUGUCAGUCUGCAGCUCCCACCCAACGAAGCACCCCUGGAGCACACACUACAUUUACAAGACACAGGCACUGGGAGUACCUUUGAAGGCUGCAGUCCCUGUCCUAGUGCACCUAUAGAACAUGGCUAUCUCAGGCAACCUCCCUGCUCAGAUAAUGUGGGGGAAGUUGGAAUGCACUGGAAACUUAUCCCAAUUACAGGUCUGAAAUCACCUGAAGAGCCACCGGAAUAUUUGCCACCAACGGAUGCGCUUCCUAAUGACCCCCGGGUAGUAAAUAGACAGAGAAAUUCUGACUAUCAAUUGCCAUGCUCUCCAUUUUCAGACACACAGAAGGGGACAGCAGAAGAUGGACAUUACACAGGACAAGUGGAGAAACUUGAAGAUCAGUAUGAGCUAACAGAUCAACCUUUUACAGCUAAGCAUUCCAUUAGUGCAGUAAUAGAGACAGCACUGUUAGAAGAAUAUAAGCUCUUUGCAAGAAAGAUUAAAGAAAUUUUGCAGCAAAAAAACAUUCCUUAUGUCAGUGACAUGUCCACACCAGUCCUUUCUGCCCAGGAGAGGAUGAUGAGACUUUCUGAACACAUAUGUUUGCAGGCAUCAGAGGUUUCUGUCCAAGAAUACGUGGAGAGCCUGAUUGAGAAGCUGGACAGUGUCAUUUUGGCCUCUUCCUGCGUGAAGCCGCCCCCCUUGCCGUGCGAUCAACCGGGGGAGGAGCUGCCUUGGGCCGGCCUGGCCCCGGGCACGGACACUGCGGGCCUUGGGAGUGCUCAGCCAGGGGAACAGGCUUCUGGUGGGGAUCUCCGGGGAACACCAGAAAAAACUCAGAAGUCCCCUAAGAACUUCAACAUUUCAACUCAACCAGAUUUUUCUGAUUUGAUAAGCAGGUUAAAGCCUGAAUUAUUUACCGGUUUCGUCCAAAUAAUGGAAAAUGUACAGAAAAACAGAAUCCAAUUUUAUAUCCAUGAAGAGGAAGAAAGUGUUCUCUGCAGAGAAAUCAAGGAGUAUCUCAGAAAGUUAGGGAACACAGAGUGCCAUCCAGAGGAGUUCCUUAGAAGAGGAGAUAAUUCAGAGAAACUGUUGAUCAUUAUCCAAAACGAAGACAUUGCCAAUCUCAUCCAUAAGAUCCCUGGCCUGGUGACUCUGAAGAGGUUCUCCUGUGUCAGCUUUGCAGGGGUUGACAGUUUGAAUGAUGUGAAGAAUCGCACUUACCAUGACCUGUUUGUGUCUGGGGGUUUUGUUGUGUCAGAUGAAUCUGUCCUGAACCCAGAGUCCAUCACUACAGAUAAACUGAAACAGUUCCUAACAUUUCUGGAGGAUCUCAAUACCCCAGAUGGGAAAUGGCAAUGGAAGGUCCACUGCAAAAUACAAAAGAAACUGAAAGAGCUGGGGAGGAUGAAUGCCAAUGCCCUGAACCUGCUCACCCUUCUGAACACCUACCAGAAGAAGAACUUGGUUGAGAUUCUGUCCUACCAUAACUGUGACUCUCAAACUCGAAAUGCUCCAGAACUUGAAUGUCUCAUCAGGCUUCAAGCUCAGAACAUACAGCAGAGACAUGUUGUCUUCCUAACAGAAAAGAAUCUCAAGACUCUCUCGAGUUACGUUGAUAAUGGCAUCGUGGUUGCUGCUGUUGAUGACUUUAUGCAUAACUUUAAAAAUCUUGUGGGGUUUCACAGCUCUGAUACUGAGCAGAACAACCUUGCUGCUGGCAGUGCUGGCCAAAGACAAUCAGUUCUUGUAGAAAAGGAUGAGAAGGAUGAGGAGGACAUGUCUCUGGAUUCAGGGGAUGAAUUGGCAGAAAUAGAAAUCUGCAGUGGUGCCUCUAAGUAUGAUACUCAUGUGGAAGCUUUGCAGCCCGAGGCCAAGGGCCCACAUGGAGUAGAUGCUAAAGCAAGCUGCUUAUCAGUUACAGAGUUACCUCCUGAAGCACAAACUGGCCUUGGGGAAAAGACUUACAAAAGUGACUUGGAAGAGAAGCAGCCAAUUCCUCCAGUUUCUACAACAUGCUCUGCUGAAGGAGAAAAACACAAUGCAGUUGAACAAACUCCCUUCAGUAACUUCCAGGUUUAUAGCAGACAAUUAAACAUGUUCCAUCAAUUCAGCCACUUUAGUGUCCUCACUCAUCAGACUUUUCUGGGAACAACAUACCCAAUUUCUCCUGCAAAUCAAAACCAGGAAGGGAGCAAUUAUUUUCUAUCUGCCUACAAUCAGAGCAUGGAUACAGAAAAGUCAUUAUCACCUGGUGGCUGGGAUAGCUGCUGUGAUUCUUCCAGGCCAUAUUCAGAACAAAAAUGAACUCUUAAGUCUCUUUUUCUAAGUUACUGUGGACUUCUCUGUUUCUAAAACGUUGGAUUAAUGAUUUCUAUUUUAUUCUGGAACAAAAUGUUUCUUGUUCUUGUUAUCUCAGAUGUUUUCAUGUUCUAUUUAAAUCCCUGAUGGCCCGUCCCUGUUGGAACCAUCUGAAAAUUUAAAUAAAUACAUAUAUUUUUUAACGUUUACUGUACUUGAAUUAUCUUGUUUGUUGGCACUUUUAAGUUUCUACAUUUGUAUUUGACCUGUUACCUAAGCUUCAGUUUGAGGUCUGUUCAAUGUAAAAAUGAAUGUUUGCCUAAAGUAGGUGAAAGAGCCAGUUGUCUUUUUUUCUUAACCACAAGAGUAUCCAAGUCAUUUUUCUUUACAUAAAUAUUAAAAUUAAUGUAUUUAUUUGACAUGGACACAAAUUUUGUACAAUGUUUUUACAUAGCUCUAAGGCCGUGUACUUAUUUUCAUGACUAUAUACUGGAUUUUGGCUAAAUACCUCAAUUAGAGUAACCAAUGGUGCAGUUCCAUUACAAAAAAAAACAAAUAAACUCUCAAUGCACAAGGGACUUGCUAACACA